AUGACAAGAAGCUUACCUGUUGUUAUUGUUUGCCCUCCUUUUCUGUUCCAGGGCUCCUUGGAAAUAACACAGAGCUUGGAAGAUGAUCCUCUGCUGGAUGCACCACUUGUUUCAUCUCAUACAUUGCAUUCCCAGCUGAGGCCAAGAUUUCAUUCUAUCCCAGCAGUUCUCCUUGCCAAUUUCCUGUUGCUAAUACAUGUUGCUUUUGUUGUUCUAGCAUUUUUAGCAGCUAUGUUUUGUUCUUACCCCAACCCAAACCAAGACAAGUGCCCUGGAAACUACACUCACCCACUUAAAGUGCAGACUGUCAUAAUAAUUGCAAAGGUAGUUCUGUGGGUUCUGCAUGUCUUUUUUGAACGAUAUGUCGAGCACCACCAUGGCAGAGUCAGAAGAAGAGGUUACUUCUCCAUAUACCGAUCAACAAGGCAUCUGAAAAGGCUUCCACUGCUGAUACAUGCCACAGGUAAUACAGCCCUGCUCUUGAUUCUGUCAGUGCAGCAUUCCUUUCCUGAUCACAGCAAAGUGUACCUAUAUCUUAUCCUGGGAGUCCUGAGCCUGGAGAUGAUUAGUUCCCUGACAUGCUUAGUGAUUUACACAGUGAAAAUAAGCAACUUCAAUCGUGCCAAGCCAAGACCUGACAUAAUUGAAGAAGAGAAGAUGUAUGCCUACCCUAGUCACAUUACCUCAGAAAUUGGAUUCAGGGAAAAUUCCAGUUUAGAAGAGAUAGUUGAGAAGCAAGGAGAUGUAAUAGAGUAUCUUCAGCGACACAACGCGCUGCUCAGCAAGAAACUGUUGGCGUUAACUUCUCAGCAAAUCAAAACUUAACAGCGUUUGGAAAACUGCUGCUGGAGCUCUGGAGGGAAACAUGAAGUAAUGUAAUAUCCAGACAGAUUUGUACAGAUGUGACUCUUCAAUCAUCUUUCACGUUUUGAAAUAGAAGUUAAGCUGGAAGGAUAAGCUCUGCAUACACUAUGAACCUAUUACAACUGGACACUCUGGCUCUCUUCAAAUCAUCAGUUCUACAGAAAAGUACUGCAGCUUCAAGGCUUUUUAAUUCCUCAUAAGUUCAAGUUGGACCUGAGUUAAUGGAUUAACUUUGCCCAGUUGUUGCUAUUAUUUUGUAUUGCUGUGUAACCUUUAAGCUUCAGGCUACCAAAGUAUUUUAUAUUUCUGGAAUACAAAUUUGUUAUCUAGAAAAAUCUGACUUUCCAAGGGAUGUAUAUGCAGUUUCUAUUCCUGAAGCUGAGACUAGAUGUGUUCUGUCAUUGAUUUUCUUUACUUCCAGGGAUAGAGGUGAUGUACUUCAGUAAUUCAAUACAGACACUUGUUUUGUAGAUGUCUCCUUUUCUCCUUUGUCAGGUAAGUGGAGAAAUUAGGCAUCUAACUUAGGAUUAUAAAAAAAGUGGUGGGUGUCCUAAAACUGUAAAUCUCACAUGCAAGUUUGUGGUACAAAAACCAUGCCAUGAUAAGCAAUUGUUUAGAAUUCUGGCUUUAAAACUCUUAAGAUGGCUCCUCAGGGCUGAUGACUAUCCCAUUACUAGGAGUUUGUGUUAGUAACAAGACUCCUACCCUGCCAACUGAGCUAACAAAGCAAAAGUACUUGAGCAUAAGCUUUUCCAUUGAUCCGGUAACUAACUUGUGUUGAAUGCUUUUAAAGAUGUUGUCAAAAAUGCCUGUUAUAUACUUGCUCUUCACUUUGGCCCUUCAAAAAAGUCAGCAUCUUGGUUCAAAAGCUGAAAUGGUGUAUGUGGGGAAGUGGAAGACAGCAGAAGACAGAAAGUUCUUUUAGAAGUUGAAGAAACAAGAAUUCUUUGUUUUAAUUUAUGGUGAAUUAAGGCUGGUGAAAGAAACAUUUUGUUCUGGGUACUAUUUUGUCUACCAGUGUAGACAAAGAAUUAUUUUAGAAGCCAAUACCUCUGUGGGGAUAGGGUAAUCACUAAUCAAAACUGGGAAGAAGACUCUCAAGAGGAGUGGUCUUGUGGUUGAAUAUAAAAAAGGAAAAUUAAUUCAUCCUACUUUGGUGUUAGGGCACAACUUUAGAAGUACCUAGACAGUUCAGUGUGCAACAAAUAUGGGGGUUGUCUCAUUCAAAGGAAAACAGGAAAUACUGGAGGUUUUGCUGCUAUCCAACACUAGACUGUUCUCCUUAGCUGUUGUUUCUUGAAAAUGCAGCCAUUUUAUAGUAUACAUGUAAGGAAUAAAGUUAUUUGUUUUUAGAACUCAGGUUUUGAUGUGAUUGUGUAUGUCAAUUUAUAUAAUUUCUAUGAAAACCAGUAAAAUGUGACUGUGAAGUUCAUGCACAAUAAAUGCAACCAAGGAAGUGUGAA